AUGACAACCACCCUCUCUGAAUUUCUUACUGUCCUCGAUCGGAUGGCCGUGGUACCUGCCGAGUUGCAAGCCAGUCUAGAGUCGUCUACUCUGACUGAGAGCCAGAUGGCAGUACUUCGUCACCUCGCAAACCAUCUCAUUGGACCAGAAAGCCAGCCCCAUCCUGCGUCUUCUGCCCGAUCGAUAUCGCCCUCAGCUGACCCUUGGAAAGCUUUUCAUCGCUGCAGUCACCUCUUGCUCGAUCCCGUGUAUCAGAAAAUUCUGGCCUCAGGUCCGCAACAAUUCGUCGAUUGUUAUCGUGAUGUUACGGUCUACGACGGCGUCAUGUCAGCAUCCAGAAAUGCAGAGCAACAGGCUGUGGAACGAUUGCGCGGACUCUUGAUUUCGCUGGCGUUAUACGACAUUGGUAGAUUUCGCUUCCAAAGCUUCACUGGGAAAAGACUGUCAGAUCGUAUGAAGGACGAGCUCCAGUCGCUUCUUCCUGAGGGAGAUGUGGUCGAACAGUACAAAGCGGGCAAAAACCUGGCCCAUAUUUGCGACGAGUUCGGCAUGGGCUGCCCUGUGCAAAAGUUCACUGCCAGUGGACGAUACCAUGAUGGCGCCUUCGAACACCUCAGUUCGCUGCACUUGAAACAGUUAGCCAAAGAUAGUGGAGCCAACAACUUUAUCGAGAAGUCUAAGGCUCUCUCGGUGAUAUACCUGAAAAUGAGGACGAGCCAGUCUUGA